CUCAGUCGCGAGUCGCAAAACAUAACCGCGUCGAGCGUACCCUGGUAUUCACGUUUGUUACGUUCCGUGCUUAAUCGAAAAUUACUUUUAAACAAAAACAAUUUUUACAUUAAUUAAAUAAAAUUUAUUGCCACGAUUACAUAUGAGUUGUGCUGUGCUACACCAAAAAACAAUGUGACAUAAUUUUUAAGUGAGUGUGUGUGAUUCGUGUUUAUCGUGACAUAAUUUUGUUGUUGUGAAAAGAUUUUAUUAUGGAAAACCGGCAUUAUUGGGAGGAGAACGGUCAUACCAUCAAAUAUGACAGUUACAAUUCGAACGACGGUUUCGGUCGGCCAAAUGGUGAUCAGCUGAACUUCGCAGCGCGUUCCGAUGAUGAAGGAGACUACAUUGCUGGUUCGGCAGCCUACCUCAAGAAGGGAAAGGUCUCAAGGCAAGAUCCAAUGUCGCACCGCAUCAUCGAGAAGAGAAGACGCGAUCGAAUGAACAACUGUCUCGCAGAUCUAUCCCGAUUGAUUCCACCUGAAUAUCUAAAGAAAGGGCGUGGCAGAGUUGAGAAGACUGAGAUUAUUGAGAUGGCCAUCCGACAUCUCAAGUUCCUUCAGGAGCGAGUCAAUGCGGCUGAACGGCAAGUGGUAGAGGAUCAUUUCAAAGCGGGCUACCAGGAGGCAGUAGGGGAGGCUGUCAGGUUCCUAGUGGAGGUCCAGGGCUUCGGUCCCGCGGACGGCCUCUGCGUGCAACUGGCCUCGCAUAUGCAGAGACAUUGUGAGGGUGUUACCAAAGGUGAGGUGUUAUUACGUGAGAAAAUCCCGCGAUCUCAGGGUGGGUCAUCAUCAGAGACAGCAAGCUCUUCCAGCAGUUCCCAUGGAUACGGAGCGAAAGGGGUCAUCCAGCAUCCGGAACCACCACCAACAUUCCCCCGAGAACCUUUUGAACCGGAAAGACAGAUUGAGACAUAUCCCAUGGAGUGUGGUAGAGUAUCAGUGGGCCCUACCACGUUAGUGGACGACUCCAUUGCUGACCAACCGCUACCCCUAGAUGGACGAUGCAAGCGUUCACCAACACUUCGCAAAGUGCGAAAACCGGAACACGGGGAGGAUUAUUUACAUUCCUACAAAUUCAAGAACUCCAUAGAGAGGCGAUUUUCCCGGUCACAAGACAAUGAGGCGGCUCAGCAAGUAGCGAGGCCUACGCACGCCCAUAACAAAGUGUACAAUCACAAGAGGCGACGUGCGACAAAACCAGCGCCCUCUACAUCGACCUCCGCUUCGGGCUCCACUGAAGACGCCAGAGAUACAUCGCCACAGGAUACUUCCAGUGAGUCACCACAUCAUCAUCAUUAUGAGAAACCACUUACUCCUACCCAGUUUGUGCCCGUUUUCGCACUAAAUGCUCUAGGUAAAUACUACGUCCCACUUAGCGUGGAUUACGCAUGCUUAGCCCGACAUCUUGGUACAUACGAUGUUUUAGACGCGCGUGCCGUACAACUCUCGGCGCCACUUCAUCCUGUCACUAUACACGUCAAUUUUCAGCCUUAUCUAAACUAUCAAGUCAAACGUGAGCCCAACGAGCGUGAUUGGAGGCCUGCGUAGAUGGCAACACUGAAUCUAUCGUUAAUAGACUAAGAUAUUCUAUCAAAAAGCGUAUUCCAUAUUUAAAUAAAACUUCUUUAACGGAUAUAGAUAGACAUAACAACUGUUUACUAUUAUAAAAAAUAGUCUAUUGAAAUGUUUAUAUAUUAAGUUAUCUAUUGUCUAUUGCGCAAAGGCCGGCAACGCACGCGCGAGCCCUCUAGCAUCGAGUCUCCAUGGGCUGCGGUAUCACUUAACAUCAGGUGAGCCUCCUGCCCAUUUGCCCCGUUCUAUAUAAAAAAAAGUGUAGCAGUUUCAAUGACGACGAUAGCUGAAAAGUGAUUUUCAAUUAAUAAUUAAAAUCGUUUAUAUCCUGUAACGAAAUUGUAUUUAAGUUAUUCCAUUCUAAAGAGUAUGUUUUUCUUUCUCAAGAUUAAAAACAGGCCAUAAAUAUAUCAUAUACAUUACAGAAUUUAAAAUGAAUAUUCUACAAAUAAAGAAAUGUCAAUUCAAUCAAAUUUUUGUAUUGAAAUUGUCAAAUACGACAAAAAAUAUUGUCAAGUAUUCUGUCACAGUUUAUUUGCAAAAUAACUAAAUGCCAAAAAGCACAGAUGUUAUGUGCGAUUGAUUUGUAGUUUUCUGUCAAAGUCAAUAUGCCAAUCACGAUGGGCGGGCUCAUUAAAGGGACCAACAUUUAGGCAACAUUUCUAGUUCUAGAUUAUUCCAAAUUGUACGUAAAGAAACGUGGAGGAAGGAUUGUGAGCAGUUCCUCCAGUGACCAGGGCGAAAAAUUGUAUAUAUCCUUAGUUGAAAUACUUGGUUUGCGCCUUUGUGGAUGUGACGUCAUCACAGUGUCGCUAUAGAUAUUUCCAAAUUUAAAUAUAUUCAUCGGCGGUUACAAUCUUAAUGUUGGAUUUAGACGGAAUGUACUAAUAUUAGAUAAAGAAAAACUCUAUUUUAAUAAAUACUUAUACCAUUUUAGUUUUUAUUUUGUAAUAUAAGAUAUGUAAAUUGAACUGACAAAUUAAAGUAAGAGAUGUUUAAGAUAUACGUAGAUAUUUAUUUUAUGGUUGGCGGUGAAGUUAAGACUGCGUUAGACUUGGCAGGCGACGUUCAGUGUUCUUAGUCUCGGCUGUGAUAUAAGGAAUGUACCUAGUCAAGAUCUCUGGUGAUGCUUGACGUAUUUUUGAAUAUUAUUUAGCUAUACAUAAUUAAAAAGUCAAUUUUACUCAUGUACUCGGCAAUAAAUAUUGCACCCAUGUCUGGCCAUAGACUAGUUUUCUAAUUAAUUAUUCGUAUUCCUACUUCGUAAGUCGAUUUAAGCCUGUAAAAUGUGUGCAUAAUUUAUUAUCGAAUACAGAAAAUUGUAAUCUAGACAUUUUUAAAUGUUUCAUUUUCUAUAAUGCGUACAUAAAAUGUAUAGUAAUUGGUAGAGAAUCGACACAUUGUCAUAGAUUAAGUUUGUUUUAUAUAGAUUUAUUAUAAAAAUAUAAAUUGUUACUGGAAAUUUUAUGUUAUCAUUUGUUGUAUUGUAUACGGGUUUAUGUACUUGUUGGACCCUUAUGUAUAUAGAAGCCAUAUAAAUGUUUUACAAAAUCAAAUGUUUCCUUAUACAAAUGUAGACAACCCAGUGACUAUAAAAUAGUUGUUAUAAAU